UUUUAUAAGUUUUCCGUAUUUUUGGUUUAAUUUUUAUUCUUCUUGUUGGACUCAGGGUUUUGGAGAAAGAUAGGGAGAGAGAUGGCAGGGAAGGAGCAGGACAAGCGUAUAUUUGUGGGUGGUUUAUCGCGGGACAUCACUGAGCGUCAGCUGGAAGAUGCUUUUAGGCGUUUCGGAAAAAUUAUCGACUCCCAGGUUCGGAUUUCUUGUCAUUCUACAGUCAUCCUCGAAAUUAUCCCUCGAAUUCCUAAGAAUAAUUAUCUGCGAGGAUUUCUGUUUAAUUUAUAUUUGCCUGGGAAAUAUAUUGAAAUUGAGUACUCUGGACUGGUUAUAAUUAUUUUUUCCUGAUUUCAAAUAUUUUCCGUGGGUCAAUGCUCUGUUGAACUAUCAUAUAUGUUUUGACGGACUUUCCGUUGAAUCUGUUGAUAGAAAUUGAAGGGUCAUUUGAGUUCGUCGAUAAUUCGAGAGUGCAAGAAAGAAUCGACAGCGCAAUCACUCCUUAAAUUUUCUUAAAAAGUUUUGAAAGAAAUUACUGUUUUCAAUAAACCCGGAUGGGGCAGGAAAAGAUGAUUUUGAUGAUGAAAGUACAUAUGGGAGAAGUCUUUGAAUUCAUCCAAUGGGCAUUAAAUUUUAAGAGGCUCGUGACAUCAGAGAAAGAGGUUUACUAAUGUGGAUGAAUAACUUGGAACACAUGGUUCAUAUAACUCUCUGAAUGGGUUCUGUGUUCUGGUUUUUUUAAUUAGUUAAUUAAGGUGGGUAUUUGGUUUAGUGGAUUCAUGAGAUGAAAUAGUUAACUCACCUUUACCUUUUCAUAGCAUCCAAACACUCAGAAUAUGUAGCGGUUUGUGUUGAUUAUUAUUGUUUCUCUCUGAUUAUGCUAUAAUAUGAAACAUUAAUAUAUUUUUGUGAAUGGUAAACGUGUUCUGCAAAAUUUUUGAAGAAUAUGUGAACUUUUAUUUCAGUCAUCUUUAAUUUUUUCUUCACCAUUAUAUUAACCUCCCUUUUUUCUUCUUUUAUGUUGGUUAUGAGGCUUUUUUCUUUUGCUGAAUGCGGGGCUGUACUGAUGAGAUAUUCAACAGAAUAAGUGGUUCCGGGUGGUAAGAUCCCUGAGAAAUGCUGAGAAUUCCGUGAACUCAAGGAUUAACUUAAUUAAAGAGUUCUUGAUGUGCUCAACUAAUAGUUUUAUGGUGAUAGUAUGAGGUAAAGCAGUUGAUCUUUUCGGAGCAAAAGAUGGGCCCGAACACAAUCUUUUGUCAGUCUUACUCUCAAUCAUUUGGAUCGAUCGACAUCUUUAGUCUGGCAUGACAAUAAUGUGCAACCUUCUAACAUGAGAGACCUUGGUUGUGGUCAUCUUGCAUACAAAUUCUGGGGCUCCAGGUCCUGCAUAUACUAAGAACAUUUCUUCCCUUGCUCCCAUUCUUCGGUGUCAUUACUGCCCUGUUGGUUAUCAAACUCUUUCUAUUGAACUAAUUCCUACAGAAAUUAUUCUGAAGCUUAUAGAUUCUCAAAAGGGAGACAGUAGUUGAAGCUUUGUUGCAGGAUUUGCAAUAUAUCUUUAAGAUAGCCUAAGGUUUGCUAUAUAUGCGAUCUUUUGGUUGCAUUGGAAUAUGUUAAGUUGCUGAAGCGCAUGGCAGCUUGUGUUACUUGGAUUUCAUUCGCACAGUUGUUUCUGAUGAGUUUAUGGAAACAUUCAUGUACAGAUGUUUUACUGGAUGUUUCCAGUUUUAGUGGGGAUAUGCUUGAGUUUUUUGCUGGGUUAAGCAUAGCUGCUGUUUGUUUGGAAAACACUGUAUUAACGUGUAACACUAUUUAAUUCCCACCGAGAAAGUUAGUCGGUGACUAUUUAUUCUUAUGGAUGAUAGUGUAUAAUUUACUUGAAAUGAGGUUUUUGGUUUAGAUGAUGAUGGGUACUCCGAGACCGUUGGAUAAUUGUGAAGUUUUUUAAUUCUUAUCGGUGUCCUGGAUUUUGGCACCGUAUAGGGUUCAUUUCUGAUUCUGUGGAAAACUUAUUUGAUUCAGAUUUGUGUCAUUUAAUUUGAGUAUGCCUUUUUUUCUGUAGUUUUGGGGAAAAAGUUCUUAGUUUAAAGAUGUUGAGCUAUCACGACAUGCUUCUCCCUUUUACGAUGUCCGAAGGUUUUACUAAAAUUGACUUAUUUCUUCUAAUAACUUGUCAAAGUCUUCAAGGAUGUUAUAUUAUGAUUUGUUGAUUGGACCUGUACCACUUACUAUCAAUAGCUGCAUAAGGUGGCUACCUGAGUUUCGUGAAUCAGUUUCAUUUUUAGGUUUUUUGGCCCUUGGGUGUUUUCCAUUUUUGAAUCCGCAGAGUUCAGAUUUUGUCUAAAGAUGCAAGUGCAGUGGAGAACAUACUCAGCACUCAGAUACAUUGACACAUCUAGUUUUAGUCAGUUUCUGAAAGUUAUCUGCUGUGUCUUCCCGAUUUUGAAUGACUGAUAUUCAUGAAGCUUCUGUCACCUCCAUCAGUUGCUUUGUUUCUAGCUGCAUAAUAGCUCAGAUGUGUACAUAUAAUUAAAAGGCAAUGCUAGAUGUGACUUGGAGAAUUUUGUCCAGGAAAUUUGAUUGAGUAUUAACUUUUGUGAGUAUCCAGUUUAUAGAGGAUCUUUUGUUCCAAACAAGAUUUUCGAUGACAGUCACUUCUGCAGGUUCAAUUUUGGCAGAAGCUGUAAGUUGCGUAUAUCCUCAUAUUUGGUCAACGAGUAUGUUCAGUAUUCUUUCUGGUUGAGUGCAUGAAGUCUUUCUGACAGAUGACCAAGUGGUGAAGAUGGUGGGGAUUUGAAGCAGAAUUAUGUUUCACCGUGUUUCACGUUCCACACUACAUAACAAUUUUUAGAACUCACUUUUCCAUACUACUUUCGUUCUUUUUAUUGAACCUAUUUUGAACUGUUGUUGGGAGUAGCUGUUACAAAAGAAACAGUUUUUGUGAAAAAGCUUCUUCGGUGGGAAUGCUUAUCCUGUUUCGGUUAAACACAAAAUUUGAAGUAUCCAUAAUUUCGCUAUUUAGUAUGAGGAAAUCACAUACCUGUGACUUUUAGGAUGAUUAUAUUAAGUAGCGAUUGAUGUGAGUUAGCAUCUUAGUUCGAGAUGGGCUUUUUUGCUGCCAAUUAUGUUCAUGUAGCUUCCAGUUGAACAGUUCAAAUUGUACAAAUAAUCAUCCAGUUUGCAGAGUUGAAAAACCAGCUGGAGUAGAUUGUCGUAAGGUGAUCAUGUAUCUGGUUGAGAAAUGGUGCUUUCUUGUCUAACAUUCAACAAAAUACUGGUGUCAGUAAUGAGACCAAGUGGUUAUGCUCGGUGCAAUUAUGCAAAUUGAGUUAGCAUACUACAUACUACAUAGCUUGUUCCACAAAUUCAUUGCAUUGGUGCAAGUUUGUCUUGGAUAAUUCUUGGAGAAAUACAUGUCUUCACAUGGUUUUUUGAUAUGACUGCAUGUUCAACCGCUUAAUAUUUGCCGUGUUUUUUUUUCUGGUGUCUACUGUUGCUCGAAGUAUAGUGGUUUACAGCAAGAUUUUUAAGUAAUUUGGAAGAAUUACAAAUUUACAAUCAUGGGAAUCUGGUCAAGUGGCCAUAUUUAGAACUUUUCCAGUAAGUUAGGAAUCUAUUUGUGCGGUUGUACUAUAGAUUCAGUUCUGUGGAAUUUGAGGCCUGUGUAAAAUUUAAAAAGUCAGAUGAUGGAAAUCUGCAGUUCAGAUUCUUCUACUCAUGUUAUGCUGGAAAGAGAUACAGGCCGUCCUCGUGGAUUUGGAUUUUUGACCUUUGCAGAUAGACGAGCAGUGGAAGAUGCGAUAAAGGAUAUGCACGGUAGGGAGUUUGGCGAUCGAGUCAUUUCUGUGAACAAGGCCCAGCCUAAAUCAGGGGAUGAAGAUCCGGAACACGGCUAUGGAUGUUAUUCUUCAGGUGGCAGGGGAAGGGGAAGGGGAAGGGGAAGGGUCAGCUAUGGUGGAGACCGGUCAUCGGGUCCGGAUGAUUGCUUCAAAUGUGGUCGAACAGGUCACUGGGCCCGAGAUUGUCCAUUGGCAGGUGGUGGUGCUCGACCAUUCUCACCUCCGCGUUGUAGGUAUAGUAGGGCUGGUAGUCGUGGGGAUCGCUAUGCAGUUGAUCGUGACAGAUACAUGGACGAUAGAUAUGACAGAGGUCGUUAUGGUGAUAGCGAUCGGUAUGAAGGUCGAUAUGGGAGCCGUGAUCGGUAUGUUAACGACAGGUACCCUUCUGCUGGCGAUAGAUAUGAUCAGUAUGGGAACUCUGAUCGUUAUCCCAUUGGAAAUGGCAAAGAUAGAGGCUACAAUAGAGAUGGAGGCGGAGGAGGGCCUGCACGUUAUGAAGGAAGAAACUAUAGGGAUAGAGCAGGUCCUUAUGACCGCCCUAGGCGAGGACGACCUUCUUCCUUUGACCGGUACUAGAAUUAUUCUGCACUUCUAGAGAUCUUUAAGGUGCUCAUACUUUUGACGUAUGCACAUUUUGGCACAAAAAUUUCUUAUCAGUGUUCGUCGUUUGUCUUGUUUGAAGGAUCGCGCUAAAGUAGAAGGUUAUUUUCCAAGUGGAAAAUUUACAUUUAAUAUUACUUCGAGGUUGUUGGAGCCUAUGUACAAUUCUGGGCCCUCCAGCCUACAACAAAUAUGAAAGUUCAACCUUUUCCUUUCAA